AUGUGGUUUGAAGACCCCCGACAGGAGUCGCCCUCUCCCCAAAGCAGAUCAGAGCGGCUUGCCUGGAGUGGCCCCCUGGUGAAGGCGGACACUCGGGACAUGGACCAGAGGACUGGGCCUGGGGGCGCGGGGCAUGAGAAGAAGGGGGCAGGACCGAACAGGAGGGAGAGUCAACAUCAGGGCGUGCCACGGGAGCAAGGAAAGGCCCGGGCCCAGGCCGUGCUGCUCUGCGGUCACGACCCGGGCAGGGGCGGGGCUCUCUCGCGCAGCCGCCGUUGGCCCCGCCCCGCCUGCGCUCGAUUGCUCCUGUCUGGAGGCGGCAGCAUGGCGGCCGUGGAGGUGCUGGAGGUCGGCUCAGCCCCGCAGUUUGAGGAGCUGCUGCGCCUCAGAGCCAAGUCCCUGGUCGUGGUCCACUUCUGGGCGCCGUGGGCCCCGCAGUGCGCUCAGAUGAACGGCGUGAUGGUGGAGCUGGCCAGGGAGCACCCGCAGGUCUCCUUCCUGAAGCUGGAGGCCGAAGCCGUCCCUGAAGUGUCUGAAAAAUAUGAAAUUAGUUCCGUUCCCACCUUCCUGUUCUUCAAGAAUUCCCAGAAAGUCGACCGGCUAGACGGCGCGCACGCCCCGGAGCUGACCAGGAAGGUCGAGAGGCACGCCUCGGCGGGCUCCCUCCCGGCCGGGGGCAGCGAGCGCCCCAAAGAAGACCUGGAGGUCCGCCUGAAGAAGCUGACCCACGCUGCCCCCUGCAUGCUGUUCAUGAAGGGGACGCCGCAGGAGCCUCGCUGUGGCUUCAGCAAGCAGAUGGUGCAGAUCCUCAACACCCACCACAUCCAGUUCAGCAGCUUCGACGUCUUCUCGGACGAAGAGGUCCGCCAGGGCCUCAAAACCUUCUCCAACUGGCCCACCUACCCCCAGCUCUAUGUCUCCGGCGAGCUCGUGGGAGGCCUGGACAUCGUGAAGGAGCUGGAAGCCUCGGGGGAACUGGAUGCCGUCUGCCCCAAAGCCCCCAAGCUGGAGGAGAGGCUCGCCGCCCUGACGCGGAAAGCUCCCGUGAUGCUGUUCAUGAAGGGGAGCCGGCAGGAAGCGAAGUGCGGGUUCAGCAAACAGAUCCUGGAGAUACUGAACGGCACCGGGGUCGACUACGAGACGUUCGACAUCCUGGAGGAUGAGGAGGUCCGCCAGGGGCUGAAGGCGUUCUCCAACUGGCCCACGUACCCGCAGCUCUACGUGCGGGGCGAGCUCGUCGGGGGCCUGGACAUCGUCAAGGAGCUGAAAGAAAAUGGCGAGUUGCUGUCCACGCUGAAAGGAGAAAAUUGACGACCGUCCCACGCGGCCUGAGCGCGGGAAGUGCCUCCAGACAGCUGAGCGGCGGCGGCCCGGCCUCCCGGACGUGAGGGGCGGGGCUUCUCCCGGCCCCGCCCCGCCCCGUGCGCUCCGCGGGCUGUGCUAAAUGUUACACUUACGUUACUUUUUUCCACCAAAAAUAGAAUGCAAUAAACAUCCUGGGAUCCAC